AUGUUUUCCCGCUCCUUGCUGUUGAAGAGCAGUGCUGCGACCAGCUCCCGCGCACCGCGAAGAAGCAGACAGACGGAUUUUCUUUGCUUCGAGGACGCCCGCGAAGUUGUUCGCUCUUUGCAGCUCAAGUCUUGGCGCGAAUGGCUGGAGUGGAUUAAGUCCGGAAGCAGACCGGCCGGUAUUCCCAGCGACCCGAGGACUUUCUACCGAAGCACCGGUUGGAACGGUUUCCCGGAUUGGCUCGGCUACGAGUGGCACCCGCAUGGUGGACCUGGACUGUCUUCACGAGCAAAGCGUGCAUUACGCCGCAGCGAAAAGGACGUGACAGGCCGUCUGCAGACAACAACGAAGCAGAGCAUCGCGGGUAAAGCGGUUUUUUUGGAGCAGGCAGGAAACUUUUUCCAGUUUCAAACACUACCGCACCGCAGCAUUGCGCAAGUUGUUUACCGUCAGAACGAGAACUCUGCCGUCGCACCCGGCAGCAGCGUAUUCGAAAAAACAAAAUGGUGCCCGCUGGUGCUGCGUUCGGUCAAAGAAAUUCGAAACAACUCCCUGGUUUUCCCUAUGCCGAAGCAGCGACUCGGGAUCGGAGUUGUCUUUGUGGUCACAUCGUCGCGGCAGCUCUUCUUCUUUCCUUUUGAGUUUUUGGAUUCCGUUCGGCUGCCCGGCACGAAGCCCGGCGCUCCGCUGCGUAUUAAACUCGACCGAGCAGGAGUGUACGAAAUUCGCAGUUCAGACGCGAUGCAAGCGCUUCUGACCGAAAACUUGCAGCGUUCCCAGUUACUCAGCGAGGACGAGUUUGUUAGCCGCCUUUACUCCUCGAACUGCGACAUCCUGCUGCAGAAGACGCUACUGCAGAUCGUUUUAUUUUUGCGGAAUCGGUGCGGCCUCAACGUCCAGCGGCCUUCAGCUCGAUCGCGAUCACUUGACGCGCAUUUUCUGAUAGAGGGCAUGCCAAUAAUGGCCCGGAGUUGCGAAAAUGACGGACAUCAAUCGUACGUCCGGCUGGAUCUCGGACUCUGCCGAAAUGACGCAGUUCCUGAGGAUUCACAUCGCAUUGUCUCCGCACGUUUGCCAGACUUUCUGUUCGCAAUUGCAAGACGGGACGACGUUGAACAAGGAGCUGCGGCUGACGGUGGCGAUUUUUCUACCGGCAGUCCCGAAAACUCAGAAGCAGAAGAAGCUACUUCAUGUUUCGACGGAGUUUUUAUCUUUCCACGCGCGUACUUGCAGGCGCACUACCUGCGCAAAUUUGACUACACUGGAAGAACAUCAAUUUACGUGUAUCCUCCCUGGUUUCGGCCUACUUGGCGAGAAGUCGGGCGAAAAAAAGAAGACCAGCAGAGGUUUUUCCUCGAUUUUUCAUCAAAUGCAAACCCGGAAGAAAAUGUCGCGAAAGCAAAGCGAAUUUUUUCAGAGUACCGGCCCAGUCCAAAGUCUCCGGAUGACGCUAGUGAGCUUGAUGCGAACUACAUCACAGCUUCCGAACCACCAGCAUUAGCUACCUAAGGAUAAGGAACAAGCAGACGAUCGUUGCUGG